AUCUCCAGAUUAAAAUCCUGCCCAGGUGGACACUAUAGCCUGCUCGGAUUAUUAUGGUCUGGUUGCUAUGUGCCAGUUUCCCAGGAGGCCAUGUGACUGACUGUAAUGCCCCCUACCAACACACACAUCCAACCUUCCCUUGUUUUUUAGGAGUUGUGUAUAUUAUGGGAUGGCACUGGACUAUUAUGGGAUGGCAGAGCAGAGCAAGGGAGGGUGGGGUGCCAUCUCUAUAGUAACAUGGUUGCUAUGGGGGUAGGGACAGUGUGUGUGUGUCAGUGUGUGUGUGUGUUAGGCAGGGUGACUAUUAUGGUCUGUAGGUUGCGAGGUGGCUGUGCUGAGUUCAGAGUGUGUGUGUGUGUGUGUGUGUGUGUGUGUGUAGGAUUAUUAUGGGAUGUCCACCCCCCCCCCGCCGGUCUCUUUGUGUGUGUGUGUGUAUAUGUGUGUCUAUGUGAGUGUGUGUGAGGGACUGGAGAGGAAAAGCAGGGGGUGAACACUGAACACUGGACGUCGUGUCUAAAUUUAAUUACAGCAUUAGCAGAGCGCUCUUUUUGCCCCGGAAGUUCCACAUCAGUUUAAUAAGGUUUGAAUUCAGUAAUCAGCUAAAAUAAAGACACCAGGAGUGUGUGGUACCUGCUCCUGCGACUGACCUAUGCACGAGCGUUUGAGCCUGCAAGAUGUCAGGAAGUGAAGAGGAGAACGCAGAGCUGUUUGGAUCCAGGAGUGUGUUACAUGAUGUUGGAGCAGAGGAGCACACACCUGAGAUAGAACCUUCAAAAUCCAAGAAGAAGAAAAAAGCAAAGAAGAGUAAAGAGAGUAGGAGCAGUAAACGGCAAAAAGCUGUCAGAGAGGAGGUGAUGGUGAGCUCUCCCGAAGCUCGGGAGGCUGUGCGGAUGAUGGAAGAGGAGGAGGAUGAAGAUGAAGAGGAAGAGCGGGCUGUGCGAUCAGACAGCGAGGGGAGCGAUUAUGCUCCCAGCAAGAAGAAGAAGAAGAAAUCCAGCUCCUCGUCUAAAGACAGGAAAAAAACAGAUAAGAGUGGCGGAGGGAGAAACAAACUGAAGGUUCACGACCCGGACGAAGAAGAUGAGGAAGAUGAUGAUGAUAUUGGACAGGGGCCGAAAUCUUCGUCCCAGCUCCUGGCUGAGUGGGGGAUGAAGGAUAUUGACUACACCUUCACACAGGAGGACUAUCAAACACUUACCAACUACAAAGCCUUCAGUCAGAUGAUCAGGCCUCUGAUUGCAGCACGGAAUCCAAAAAUCGCUGUGUCAAAGAUGAUGAUGGUUUUGGGAGCAAAGUGGCGUGAGUUCAGCACCAACAAUCCCUUAAAAGGGUCUGCGAAUGCUUGCCUUGCCCCUCAGACUGGUGAGAUUGUGACUACACCUGGAGGGGUGGAACUAACAGCACCUAAGGCUCCUUCCAUGGUAACAACAUCAUCAUCACCCUUAGGGGCAGCAACAACACAACAGCCAGUGCCUGCUGCACCACCAAUUCGCAAAGCUAAGACCAAAGAAGGCAAAGGCCCUAAUGCUCGCAGGAAGACAAAGCCCAAACCACAGGAUAAGAAAGCUAAAGCAAAGAAAGUGGCACCACUCAAAAUAAAACUGGCCGCAUUUAAGAGGAAAAGAUCAUCAAGUGGUGAAGAAGAUGACGGUGAAAGCGAUUUUGAUGGUUUUUCGGUGAGUGAUGGGUCAAGCCGCAGCAGCCGCACAAAGAGCAAAAAGUUAAAGGCCGCCAAGAAGAAAAAGAAAGUGAAUGAAGAAGGAGACGGGUAUGAGACAGAUCACCAGGAUUACUGUGAGGUGUGUCAGCAGGGCGGGGAGAUCAUCCUGUGUGACACGUGUCCCAGAGCCUAUCACAUGGUGUGUCUGGACCCUGACAUGGAGAAAGCGCCUGAGGGCACAUGGAGCUGCCCCCACUGUGAGAAGGAGGGGAUCCAGUGGGAGGCACGUGAGGAGAGCUCAGAAGCUGAGGAGGAGAAUGAUAGAGGAAUGAGGGAUGAUGGCGUGAUGGAGGAGGAAGAGGAGGAUGAUCAUCACAUGGAGUACUGUCGGGUGUGUAAGGAUGGAGGAGAGCUGCUGUGCUGUGAUACCUGUCCAUCAUCUUAUCACCUGCACUGUCUGAAUCCCCCCCUACCUGAAAUUCCCAAUGGAGAGUGGAUCUGUCCCCGCUGCAGGUGUCCCCCUCUGAAGGGAAAAGUCCAGAAAGUCCUGACAUGGCGUUGGGGUGAAGCCCCACCUCCUAUUCCAGUGCCCCGCCCACCCGAUCUUCCAACCGACGCCCCUGAUCCACCUCCUCUGGUUGGCCGAAAGGAAAGAGAGUUUUUCGUAAAGUGGUGCAACAUGUCAUAUUGGCACUGCUCAUGGGUCCAGGAAUUACAGUUGGAGCUGAACUGUCAGGUGAUGUUCCGUAACUUUCAGCGUAAGACUGAUAUGGAGGAGCCCCCGAGUAUAGAUCAGGCUGAGUGCGAUGAUAAUAAGAGCAUGAGGAGAAAGAGUAAAGACCCACUUUACGCUCGCAUGGACGAUCAGUUCGGACGCUACGGAGUGAAAAUGGAGUGGCUACUGAUCCAGCGCAUCCUUAACCACAGUGUGGAUAAGAAGAGUAACGCUGUUCAUUACCUGAUUAAAUGGAGAGAUCUGCCAUAUGAUCAGUCAUCCUGGGAAAGUGAGGACACGGACAUCCCUGAUUAUGACACAUAUAAACAGCACUACUGGAAUCACAGAGAGAUGAUGAUUGGUGAUGAGGGCAGACCAGGCAAGAAGCUGAAGAAAGUGAAAGUGCGAAAGAUAGAAAAACCUCCGGUGAACCCUGUGGUAGAUCCAACAGUGAAGUUUGACAGACAGCCGGAGUAUCUGGAUUUGACUGGGGGGACAUUACACCCCUAUCAGCUGGAGGGACUCAACUGGCUGCGGUUCUCCUGGUCUCAGGGCACAGACACCAUCCUUGCCGAUGAGAUGGGCCUCGGCAAGACCGUACAGACUGCAGUCUUCCUGUACUCACUUUUCAAAGAAGGUCACUCUAAAGGCCCUUUCCUGGUGAGCGCUCCUCUCUCCACUAUCAUUAACUGGGAACGUGAGUUUGAGAUGUGGGCUCCAGACAUGUACGUUGUCACGUAUGUGGGUGAUAAAGACAGUCGAGCCGUGAUCCGUGAGAAUGAAUUCAGCUUUGAGAAUCAUGCCAUCCGUGGAGGAAAGAAGGCAUCCAAGAUGAAGAAAGAGGCAGCGGUGAAGUUCCACGUGUUGUUGACAUCCUACGAGUUGAUUACAAUCGAUCAGGCUGUGUUGGGAUCUAUAGACUGGGCAUGUCUCGUAGUGGAUGAAGCCCAUCGCCUAAAGAACAACCAGUCCAAGUUUUUCAGGGUGUUGAAUAAUUAUCCGCUGCAACAUAAAUUGUUGUUAACGGGAACUCCGUUGCAGAACAACCUGGAGGAACUGUUCCACCUGCUCAACUUUCUCACUCCUGAGAGGUUCAAUAAUCUAGAAGGGUUUCUGGAGGAGUUUGCAGACAUAGCUAAGGAGGAUCAGAUUAAGAAGCUGCAUGACAUGUUGGGACCUCACAUGCUGCGGCGUCUUAAAGCCGACGUCUUCAAACACAUGCCGUCUAAAACCGAGCUCAUUGUCCGAGUUGAGCUCAGCACCAUGCAGAAGAAAUAUUACAAGUACAUCCUCACACGUAACUUUGAAGCUCUGAACACACGUGGUGGUGGGAACCAGGUGUCCCUCCUGAACGUGGUGAUGGAUCUGAAAAAGUGCUGUAACCACCCCUACCUGUUCCCUACGGCCGCUAUUGAAGCCCCUAAAAUGCCCAAUGGGAUGUAUGAAGGUGGGGCUCUUACAAAGUCUUCUGGGAAAUUACUGCUGCUGUGUAAGAUGCUAAGGAAGCUGAAAGUGGAAGGACACAGAGUACUCAUCUUCUCACAGAUGACGAAGAUGUUGGAUUUACUAGAGGAUUUCCUGGAGAAUGAGGGAUAUAAAUAUGAACGGAUUGAUGGAGGGGUGACGGGGGUGAUGAGACAGGAGGCCAUCGACAGGUUCAACGCUCCUGGAGCUCCUCAGUUUGUGUUUCUGCUCUCUACACGAGCAGGGGGUUUAGGAAUUAACCUGGCAACCGCAGACACCGUCAUCAUCUAUGACUCCGACUGGAACCCACACAAUGACAUUCAGGCGUUCAGCAGGGCUCACCGUAUCGGUCAGAACAGGAAGGUGAUGAUCUAUCGCUUUGUCACUAAGGCGUCUGUGGAGGAGAGAAUCACUCAGGUGGCAAAGAAGAAGAUGAUGCUAACUCACUUAGUGGUUCGUCCUGGUUUGGGCUCAAAAGCAGGCUCCAUGUCCAAACAGGAACUGGAUGAUAUUUUAAAAUUUGGCACUGAGCAGCUGUUUAAAGACGACCCAGGAGAAGGUGAUAACAAGGAGGAGGACAGCAGUGUGAUUCACUAUGAUGAUAAAGCCAUUGAUAAACUGCUGGACCGAAACCAGGACGCCACUGAUGACACAGAGCUGCAGAGCAUGAAUGAAUACCUGAGCUCGUUUAAAGUGGCCCAGUAUGUGGUAAAAGAUGAGGAAGACGAGGAGGAAGUGGACAGGGAGAUCAUAAAGCAGGAGGAGAGUGUGGAUCCAGAUUACUGGGAGAAGUUACUGCGUCAUCAUUACGAGCAGCAGCAGGAGGUGUUGGCCAGUCACCUGGGGAAAGGCAAAAGGCCUCGCAAACCUGUCAACUACAACGACUGCUCACAGGAGGAACGAGAUUGGCAUGACGACCAGUCUGACAACCAAUCGGAUUAUUCCGUGGCCUCGGAGGAGGGAGAUGAGGACUUCGACGAGCGCUCCGAAGUGAACAACCGCAGGCCGAGUCGUAAAGGUCUUAGGAAUGAUAAAGAGAAGCCACUCCCCCCCCUGCUGGCCAGAGUGGGCGGGAACAUUGAGGUGUUGGGUUUUAACUCGCGUCAGAGGAAGGCCUUCCUUAAUGCAGUAAUGCGUUAUGGGAUGCCUCCACAGGAUGCCUUCACCACACAGUGGCUCGUCCGAGACCUGAGGGGCAAAUCUGAGAAAGAGUUCAAGGCAUAUGUCUCCCUGUUCAUGCGCCACCUUUGUGAACCGGGUGCUGAUGGUGCAGAGACCUUUGCUGAUGGAGUUCCUCGCGAAGGGUUGUCACGGCAACAUGUCCUUACACGCAUCGGUGUGAUGUCGCUGAUCCGGAAGAAGGUUCAAGAGUUUGAACAUGUGAAUGGUCAGUGGUCGAUGCCAUGGAUGAAGGAGCUCGAGGAGAAUAAAAGAGCAGCUGCUGUUGCUAUGGGCGAUGACCCCAAAACACCCUCUACUGAUACACCUGGAGACACACAACCCAACACACCUGCAGCAGAGGAGCUAUCCAAAGGGGAGGAGUCAGAACGAGAGAUGGAGGACAAGAUGGAGGGAGAGGGAGACAAAGACAGAAGGAAAAUCAGCAUGCAGGAUGAUGAGGUGAUUGAGAUUCCUGAUGAUGGAGAGACCAACCCAAGCCCGGAGAAGACAGUAACAGGACAGGAGAUUGAGGGAGAGAGCACAUCGUCCUCACUGGAAAAGGAUGGAGGGGUAAAGGACACAGAGGGAGAAAAAGAUAAAGAGAAGGAUGGAGAAAAAGAGGAGAGCUCUACAUGUUCUCUAAAAAAUGAAGUGGUCAAAGCGGAAAGGUCAGAGGUUGCCAGCACCCUAGAUUCUUCUCAGACCAAAGAAGAGAGCCGUGAGGAGAAGAGUGAAAAACCAGACAGCAACCCAACAGAGGAGGAGAAAAGAGAAGUGAAGGAGGAGAAGGAUGGUGUGAAACCGGAAGAGUCUCGGAUGAAUGGAGAUGAUGGAGGAGUGGACAGUGAGGAGAAGAAAAAACAUGUUAAACAGAGGUUCAUGUUCAACAUCGCUGAUGGAGGAUUCACAGAGCUCCACUCUCUGUGGCAGAACGAGGAGAGAGCUGCCACCGUCACUAAGAAGACUUAUGAUAUUUGGCACCGUCGCCAUGACUACUGGCUCCUGGCCGGCAUCAUACAACACGGCUACGCUCGCUGGCAGGACGUUCAGAAUGACCCGCGUUUCUCUAUCCUCAAUCAGCCCUUUAAAGGGGAGAUGAGCCGAGGGAACUUCCUGGAAAUCAAAAACAAAUUCCUUGCUCGCAGAUUCAAGUUGUUGGAGCAGGCACUGGUAAUAGAGGAGCAGUUGCGCAGAGCUGCGUAUCUGAACAUGAGUGAGGACCAGUCUCACCCCUCUAUGGCCCUGAACACACGUUUCAGUGAGGUGGAGUGUUUAGCUGAGUCUCACCAACACUUGAGUAAAGAGAGCAUGAUGGGAAAUAAACCUGCUAAUGCUGUACUGCACAAAGUACUUAAACAGUUGGAGGAGUUGCUUAGCGACAUGAAGGCUGAUGUCACUCGUCUCCCAGCGACCAUCGCCCGGAUUCCGCCGGUUGCCGUGCGAUUACAGAUGUCUGAGCGCAGCAUUCUGAGCCGUCUGGCCAGUCGGGGGGCAGAGGUCACCCAGACUCAGGCACCCCACUGACCCCUCAAGCUACCUACUGACCCCUGAGUGACCUUCCCUACUAUAGGCUGUGUCCUAGUCCAGAUUCUCUUCACUUGCUCACACGCUUUGUUCUGGACCAGGUGACAGAUACCAUUCUACAUUCACAUUAGCCAGUGACGACGUGACCUUUGCCCUUUCUCUAAAUGAAACUGUGUCCCAAUCCAAAUAAGAUAAAAGGAGAAAGAAUUCUAUAAAUCCGGCUGUGUUCCAGUCCAAAUUAGCUUCACCAGUAGAGCAGAGUGCUUUCACAUUAUCAUAUAUCAAUGACUUUAGAGAUCCCUUCUCCUGGCUGCGUCCCAAUCCAAAUGAGAAAGGAGGUGAAAGGGAGAACGGGGUUAUGAUUAGUGGGUGUUAGAUCCUGUACCAUUCACUCACUUCCAAGAGAAACCUCAUAGCUGAGGUUAUGACGUCAUUGACAGCAGACCAAUCAGAUAGAGGUUUUCUUUUUUCUAUGCAAAUGAGAGAAGGUGUGGCUAAAGAGCAGCUAUCGUAGUAAAGAUUUACAUUUCAGGUUGCGGUUGGAUAAAAUGUAACAAAGCGAAGCGCAACUUUAUAUCUUCCCACUUAAAACCACCGGUGAGAAUUCUACAAAAAGAAAGUUCAUGUUUAUCAUCGAAAGUGCUCGUUUCCCUUUUUUUUUUCUUUCAUAUAAGUAAAAAGAGUGACCUUCAUUUCUUACUCAAGUCUUUUAUUUCCAGUGACGUUAAUGUUGAUUAGAAAUCCAAAGUGGAAGGUUGGAGUGUGGAGAUAUUGUAGCUGAAUGCUGGACUUCCAGAAUUCAGUUCAGUUUCUCAUGAAUAUUCAUGUAUAUGUAAAUGAGCUCCAGAUGGUGUGAUGUCUGACAUCCCCUGCAUUAUUACUUCCUGUUUAUGACUGAAAAUUCCCUCCACAGAUCUCAGAGCUCUGAGCCUGAUUUUACACUGUGACCGUCACGGUGAUGGUGCGAAUGUUAAGGACGCCAUGGUCAUGUGUCAUGUAACAUCCCAUCACUGCUUUACCCCGAUGCCUGCGCCCAAAUUAUUACCGCACUCGUAUUGUAUAAUGGUCGGUUUUAGCUAGCCUGCUAAUCUUCACCAUGCCGUAGUGGCUUCGGCUGCGUUUCAAAUUACUAUCACACCUUCCCUGUGGGAUCCUGUAUUUAAUACACGAGGGACAGUGGUUUGGAAUACAGCCCUUGGACUGGAACACACACUCGUUACAUAACUGUUUACUGUUUUAUUUCACAUGUCUCAUUCACCAUUUCACACUCAUGGGCUCAUGGGCAUGUGUCCCAAAUCUCAUUAUGUCUAUACUAUAUGGAGUAGCACCAGAUGUACCACAGUAUAGUGUGUUAGCUAGAUAAGUGUGUAGGAUUCAGUUCUGCAUCUACACUAAAUGUGUCCCCUGAAUAGCACUGUUCUCCACUGUAUCUGAUUUGGUAAUGAUCCUUAGUAAACUCACUAAUGUGUUACAAAUCCCAUACUAGUGUACUCAUUAUAGACACUCUUUAAUGUUGUGGGGAUGUAGCCAGGAGAAAGGGCCCAGCUGUUCGCAUAGUGUUCAGUGUACGACUACUUCGGUUUGUGAUGCAGCCGAGCUGAGCAUUGCUGGUAACAUGCUACAUCUUUAGCUAGAUCCCUAACACAGCUCAGGUGGUGUACAUGUAGUGUACUAUUUCUCCGCACUAGUUAGUGCACUGGGAAUCAGAAGAUAGAGACUGGAACACACACUGAUGAUGAGGAUGAUGGUGUUUUUGUUUAUUCCACAUACUGUUUCCACACCCAGUCCCCACCCCCCUUCUUCACUGAUAAUGAUGUCACUCAGAAAGCCCCACCCUUUUUAUGAGCUCACUUUGUAAUUACUGUUGUUAUCCCCUUUAUUGUUUAUAGACAUUAAUAUUGUUGUUUUUUUGUUUGUUUUUUUUGAGACCUGCAAUAAAAAUCCUUAACAACAA